AUGGCACCGACAAACACACGCAAGCUAAGUCUUCCCCAGCAUUUCUCUGGCGCCAAGACCCAGGAAGCGCGGGCGAAGCGGACGACGAAAGCGUCGCAGAAGCUUAAAGUGCUGCCCGAGGAGCCGUCGUUGAAGCUGGGCGGGGCAGGACACGGCGAGAGGCACUCGGAGGACAACGACGACGACGAUGAGGAGGAUGACGAGGAGGAGGACAACUACGAUGACGACGACUUGGCCACGCCUGCCCCCGAGGUCUACCAGCAGAUAGCGAGGAUACCUGCAGGUGCACCGCGCAAAGACGCGAGACUGCUCACCAAGAAGGAGAAAGAGAGGUUGCCGCGCGUCACGGCUUAUUGCACUGCUAGCUCAUAUCGUCAGCCAGAACUACUCAAACAUCUCGAAUCUAGACGAUACACUCACGCUACCGAUCCCAGAGUGUUCGAUGACGUGAUUUACACGCCUUACGUGCCUCACACCCACGCAAACGCAAGCACGCACUCACACUCACACACUGACGCAGAAGCCGACUUGCUCGGCGUGCCAGAACUCGUCGAUCGGAAAACAUCGCGUUAUCAGCGCUUCCAACUCGGCGCACACACCCCAGACGUCUUCUUCUUUUCCGAGACGGGCGUCGUCGUCAUGUGGGGCAUGGAGGAGGCGAUGGAGAGGCGAGUACUUUCUAUGCUGAAACGCUUCGAGGUGGAUAAACUGGCUGCUGAGGAUGUCGAGAUGGAGGAUCUCAACUUCUACUACGCCGAUUAUACGCGUAUUUUCCAUGAUGUGAUUGCCUUGCUACGUGGAUCAUCAUUUAUGACCAAAUUGGCACUGUCUCAUGCACUAGCACAGAGCGUGAAAAUAUCACUCUUCGAGGAACUGAUAUCGGCGACAAUUGAACAGACAAAGGAUAUACCACAGGACAUUGCAGCGUCGGGAAAGAUAGGUAUGCCUAGGAAAGUGAUAAUGAUGCAGAUAGGACAAUUAUUCAUACUGCGGAUGAAUAUCAACGUGGUUGGAUCAGUUUUGGAUAGUCCAGAGCUGUUCUGGACAUAUCCCGAUCUAGAGCCGCUGUACCUUGCGUUCAGGCAGUAUCUGGAGGUGAGGCAGAGGAUAGAUCUGUUGAAUGCGCGAGUGGAAGUUCUCCAGGAUCUGCUCAGGCUGCUCAAAGAGAGCGUGUAUAGCAGACACUCAGAAGGACUCGAGAGGAUCGUGAUAUGGCUGAUAGUGGUUGAGAUAAUACUCGGUUUGGCUACGAUAAUUGUAGAUGUUACAAUGUCUUAA